CCAAUAAGGAAUAGCAAAGCAAAGGAUUCAUUUUCCUUCUAAGAGUACCACCGGAAAAAUGUCGGCCGGACUUGGAAAAAGCAGCAAAAUCCGUCACAUUGUGAGGCUGCGAAAAAUGCUGCGGCGAUGGAGGAACAAAGCUCGCAUGUCGGCCAGCCGGAUCCCGUCCGAUGUCCCGGCGGGACACGUGGCUGUAUGUGUGGGGACGAGUUGCAGGAGAUUCGUCGUGCGCACGACAUACCUGAACCAUCCCAUCUUUAAGAAACUCCUUAUCCAAGCCGAGGAAGAGUACGGGUUCAGUAACCAAGGCCCAUUGGCGAUCCCCUGCGACGAGACCCUUUUCGAAGAAGUGAUCCGGGUUAUUUCCCGGUCGGAGUCGGGUCAUCCCGCCAAGUUCGUCAAAAUUGAGGACUUUAAAGGCAACUGCCACGUGGGAAUGGGGAGUAAGCUUCAUUUGUGGACCGAAUCUCGACCGUUACUUCAUGGGUUCGCUGAGAAAACAAUAUGGUGAAUAAAGAAACAGAAGAAAA